AGCCGCCGUAGUCGCCUCAAGGGGGAGGAAACGGGGUCAGGGACUCGGCGGACCAAUCGUGGUCCGAAGAAGCGUCGGAGGCCACUAAUCAGAACCCGCCCGGGGGGUGGAGCCUCCGGCUCAGGAGCCGGGAGAGGGGAGGGAGGGGGAGAGAAUGGAGCGCUCGCCAACGGCCGACGCUCCGGGCCGGCCCACCCCGCGCAGCCGCAUCCAAUCACAAUGCUCAGAACUGGAGAUGGAGCCAAUCAGGUCCUACCAGGAGGCGGGGACACCGGUACUCUACUAAGAGAGAUAGAGACUGAGACCACAAGCCGGAGGCACGUGGUCCUCUUCUAACGAAGGCCAAUCGCAAGCAGAUACAGGCGAGUGACUGUCAAGAAGGCCAAUUAGCGCCUCCGGAGGGAACCUGGCCCGGCCUCUUCUCUGAGGGACGGCUCUACCUACCAAUAGCAUGGGCGAGAAGGCGGUCCCUUCGCUAAGAAGGAGGCGGGUGAAGCGGAGCUGUCCUUCUUGUGGCCCAGAGCCAGGAGGUGAAGAGAAGAAGGGAAGAGGGAAUCCUAUUUCUGUUCAGUUGUUUCCCCCAGAGCUGGUGGAGCAUAUCAUCUCAUUCCUCCCAGUCAGAGAUGUAGUCGCCCUAGGCCAGACCUGCCACUACUUCCAUGAAGUGUGCGAUGCUGAAGGAGUGUGGAGACGCAUCUGCCGCAGGCUCAGUCCACGCCUUCGAGAGCAGGGUUCUGGGGUCCGGCCCUGGAAGAGAGCUGCCAUUCUUAACUGGAGAUUAGGGGAGAAGACUGAUCCAGAAAACAGAUCCACAGCUGGGGACACGAAGGGCCUGUAUUUUCAGGCAUUUGGUGGCCGCCGCCGAUGUCUCAGCAAGAGUGUGGCCCCCCUUCUAGCCCAUGGCUACCGCCGUUUUUUGCCCACCAAGGAUCAUGUCUUCAUUCUCGACUACGUGGGGACCCUCUUCUUCCUUAAAAACGCACUGGUCUCCUCUACCCUUGGCCAGAUCCAGUGGAAGCGGGCCUGCCGCUAUGUUGUAUUAUGUCGUGGAGCCAAGGAUUUUGCCUCAGACCCAAGAUGUGACACAGUUUACCGUAAAUACCUCUAUGUCUUGGCCACUCGGGAGCAGCCAGGAGUGGUAGGCACAACCAGCAGCCGGGCCUGUGACUGCGUGGAGGUCUAUCUGCAGUCCAGCGGGCAGCGGGUCUUCAAGAUGACAUUCCACCACUCCAUGAGCUUCAAACAGAUUGUGCUGGUUGGUCAGGAGACCCAACGGGCUCUAUUGCUCCUCACAGAGGAAGGAAAGAUCUACUCUUUGGUAGUGAAUGAGACCCAGCUGGACCAGCCACGCUCCUACACAGUUCAGCUGGCCCUCAGGAAAGUGUCCCGUUGCCUGCCUCACCUGCGUGUGACCUGCAUGGCUUCCAACCAGAGCAGUACCCUCUACAUCACGGACCAGGGGGGAGUGUAUUUUGAGGUGCAUACCCCAGGGGUGUAUCGUGAUCUCUUUGGGACCCUUCAAGCCUUUGACCCCUUGGACCAGCAGAUGCCACUCGCUCUCUCACUGCCUGCCAAGAUCCUAUUCUGUGCUCUUGGCUACAAUCACCUUGGCCUGGUGGAUGAAUUUGGCCGAAUCUUUAUGCAGGGAAAUAACAGAUAUGGGCAAUUGGGAACAGGGGACAAAAUGGAUCGAGGGGAACCCACACAGGUACAUUAUCUGCAAUGCCCCAUUGCCCUGUGGUGCGGCCUCAACCAUUCCCUGGUGCUGAGCCAGGGCUCGGACUUCAGCAAGGAACUUCUGGGCUGCGGCUGUGGGGCUGGAGGCCGCCUCCCAGGCUGGCCUAAGGGGAGUGCCUCCUUCGUCAAGCUCCACGUCAAGGUUCCUUUGUGUGCCUGUUCCCUCUGCUCCACCAGAGAGUGCCUCUACAUGCUGUCUAGCUAUGACAUCGAGCACUACCCUGCCUAUAGGGACCUGCCAGCCAGCAGGGUGGUGGGGAGCCCUGAACCCAGCCUGGGGACUGGAGGCCCCCAGGACCCUGGGGGGGCAGCCCGGGCCUGUGAGGAGUACCUCAGCCAGAUCCACAGUUGCCCCACCUUACAGGACCGCAUGGAGAAGAUGAAGGAGAUCGUGGGCUGGAUGCCCUUGAUGGCCGCACAGAAGGAUUUCUUCUGGGAGGCCCUAGACAUGCUGCAGAGGGCUGCUGGUGGUGUUGGCCCAGGCCCAUCAACCCCUGAGAGCUGAUUCCCCUCUCCCAACCUCACCCCUGGAGGGAGUCUGGCCCCGAGCCAGGGGCUAAGGAGAGAUGGAGUGGUGACAGUGAACACUGUGUGCAUGUGGGGAUGGGUCACAGGGGGUAGGGCAGGGAACUCUUUUGUAAAAUGUUCAGGGGGCUGCCCAGGAGGGGCCUCCAGUCUGACUAUCAUGGACAAGAGAUUUGAUGGACAAAUAGAAUAAAAGGCUGAAGCGAG